UAGACCCUAUAGAUUUUUUAGCAUUACAAUCAAUAAAAAAAUCUUUACAAGACAUGCCCGGAUCAAAUUAUUUUACAUCAUGGGAUUUCACAUCCGACCCAUGUAACUUCGCCGGAGUUUUUUGCUCUGGCGAAAGAGUCAUUUCUUUAAACCUCGGAGACCCACGCGCCGGCGCGCCUGGUCUUUCUGGCCGGAUUGACCCAGCCAUCGGUAAGUUGACCCAGCUCGCGGAACUCACCAUUGUCCCCGGCCGUGUAAUGGGUCAACUUCCGGCGACCAUUUCUGAGCUUAAAAAUCUCCGGUUUAUCGGUAUCAGUCGUAAUUUUAUCUCUGGCAAGAUUCCGGUGGCAUUGAGUCAACUCACUGAGUUAAGAACACUUGAUUUGAGUUACAACAACCUCGCCGGAAAUAUACCCCCGGCGGUCGGAAGUCUACCGGCGUUAACCAACCUUGUUUUAUGUCAUAAUCAUUUGUCCGGUUCAAUCCCUUCUUUUGUUUCACAAACAUUAACCCGGUUGGACCUUAAACACAACAACUUAACCGGUCCGAUUGAACCGGGAUCACUCCCAUCAUCUUUACAAUAUCUUUCCCUUUCUUGGAACCGGUUCAACGGUUCACUAGAAUAUGUGCUCCCAAAUCUAAACCAGCUUAACUAUUUAGACUUAAGCUUGAACCGGUUCACAGGUCCAAUACCGAGUUGUGUAUUUUCGUUCCCAAUAACAAAUCUUCAACUCGAACGAAAUUUAUUUUCUGGCCCGGUUCAACCGUUCAAUGAUGUUUCGAUCCCAACUGUUGAUCUUAGUCAUAAUAUGUUGUAUGGGCAAGUGUCACCAUUAUUUUCAAAAGUGCAAAAUCUUUAUUUAAAUAAUAACCGGUUCACUGGGUCAGUUCCGACUGUCUUAGUGGACCGGUUAACGGGUGGAGAUAUACAAUUGUUAUAUCUCCAACAUAACUAUUUAACGGGGGUUCCAAUAGAUCCAAUGGUUGAGAUUCCUUUAAGUAGUUCGUUAUGUUUACAAUAUAAUUGUAUGGUGUUACCGAUUCAAACUCCAUGCCCGAUUGAAGCUGGUACUCAGAAGACCCGACCCACAACACAAUGCAUGCAAUGGAAAGGGUGAAAAUGUUGCAAUGUUUUGUAAAGUUUUUAUGGAAAAAUGAAAUUUUGAGCAUAUGCAAUUUUUGGCACAAGGAUAUGAAUGCUAGUAAUUUAGUAUGUUGUUCAUGACAAUUGAUGUUCUGGAAUAGGUUGCUUAUGAGAGGCAUAUUGUAUUGCCAUAUAACAUAUAAAUUCCAUUAUAUACUAUGAUCAUUAUUUGAAUGUAUGUAAGCAUUGUGUGCUCAACCGCACCUGAGCCCGGGACACAUGAUGCGCGACGGAACUUCCAUCGUUACCUUGUUAUGAUAUACAAAUCACUUUACUUUGUCUAUAUAUGUUAAUUACUAUAGUUUAUUUUACUCAAAUGUCAUUA